GUCUCUUUAUAAGCGGGGCACGGACGAGACGCCGGACCGCUGUCUGCCCUCGCUCCGCCUCGCUGCUCGAGUCGCCGCGUGUCCACCAGGAGUCGUUCGUUCCUUCGUUGCUGCCUGCCGGCGGUGUCUGCGAAGGCUACACGGGGCACCUUAGUCUCAUCCACGCACGCGGAGGCUCGUUCCUCUGCACGCGCGCGCGCAAAAAAAUAAUACACACACUCACACUGAACACACACACUGAACACACACACUGAACACAUACAGUGAACACAUACACACACCGCACACUCACACUGAACACACACUCACACCGCACACUCACAUACAUAUACACACCGCACGCGCAAAUAGAAGCUCGCAAAACUUCCUCUCGUCUCGCCAGCCAAGCCGGUUUUUCGUUGUCUCCGGGGGGGAAAAAAAGCAACCAAAAGCCAUGAAACAACAGCUGAGCCAUCGCGAGCAGCAGCAGCAGCACGGCCAGAGGGCCCGCGUAGUGUUCUUUGGAGCUGCCGGCACGGGGAAGUCCUCGCUGAUCCGCCGCUUCCUCAGCGACUCCUUCGACCCCAUCUACAAGCCCACGGUGGAGGAACUCCACCGUUUCAACUGUGGAACCGACACAGCAGCAGCAGCAGGAGGAGGAGGCAGAGGCGAUGGAGAGUUCAUCCUGGAACUUCUCGACACCGCGGGGAGCUAUUCGUUCCCGGCCAUGCGCCGUCUCGCGGUGCGCAGCGGCGAUGCCUUCGUCCUCGCCUUCUCCGUCGACGACCCGGACUCGUUCGAGGAGGUGACCCGAAUCCGCGACGAGAUUCUCGUGGAGAGAGCCACGCUCCGCGACGAGCGGCUGGCGAACGGCCACGAGGGAGGAGGAGGAGGAGGCGGAGAUGCCGAGGACCUCCCGCGCGCGGCGCCACGUAUCCUGGUGGUGGGCUGCAAGUCCGACAGCCGCGAGGCCUCCUCGACACGUGCCGUGGCCAAGGAGGAGGCCUCCUGCGUGACGGAGCUCGAUUGGGGCCACCGGUACGUGGAGGCGUCCGCCAAAGACGGCGGCGGCGUCAUGGAGCUCUUCCAGGAGCUCGUGGGGAUGGUCAAAGGUCCCGGCGGCGACGUUCGCCUGUCGGCCGAGACGAGGCGAGCGCAGUUCCGCGACCAGGCGAAGCGGCAGCAGCAACAGCAGCAGCAGCAGCGCAGCAAGGAGCGGCCGAAGCGAGCGGAGACCUUCCCGAAGGUCGAGGAAGCGCGGCCUCCCGGCAUCAAGAAGGCCAACAGCUGCAGCAUCUGCUAGGUGGCGAGCGACGAUGGCCUCCUCGCGCAAGGGGGGGGGAGGAGGUUGCGUGCGUCGCGUUGUCACUAGCGAGGUGGAAGGGCCAACAAAGAUAUCCGAUGUAAAAGCUGUUUUGAGCUUAAAUGUCACCAACUCUUUCGAGUUGAGAGAAUCGUGUAACGUGGGUGGGUGGGGGGGGUUAUUGUCCCACCCAGCCACGUGCGGGCAAGCAGAUUUGUUAUUGUUGUAAAUAACAAUGCCCCGUUAGUUGUUGUUUACUGUUGUUGUAAGCAAUGUUUACUAUCGUUGAACUUCUUUCGCACCGUACGACGCCGAACCGUGCGUGCCACACCGGGUGUCACAGGGCGCGUUUGUUGCGCGAUGAUGAUGUUGAUUAUUAUUAGAAAUGCCGUUUAAAUUCGUGUGUGUGUGUGUGUUUAUAUCUAAACACGCGCGCGCAUUGCCUUGCGUCGUACGCUCCAUGUUGGAGAAUUUUAAGUAGCGGCUGAUGUGCCUGCAACUCGUAUCGCGGUUUUACCGAAAGCGCGUGUGGUCGUAAGUGAGUGGUAUCGUGCGCGUAUCGCCGAUUGCGUCAUGGCCGGCCAUAGGAACGUGGAAUUUCCAGCAUUUCGCCCAUGAGGACGAAUCAACGGACACGGGUUUGCUAUCCCGUUCAUCGUUUACGCAGGCAGGCGUGACGAUCGUUGGUUAUUCAUUAAUGUAUUUAAAUAUAUAAUGCGUUACGUAUUCGUGCGGGUUAUGGUUAAGGUCAUAAUAUCAUAGAUCAUGAAACAAUGCCGAUUGUUUUUUUAAACGUACAAGUCUAACGUUCUGUUGUUCCUAAUUUAAAUUGCUUCUUAUAAUAAUGCACAGCCCUUGAAUCAAUCCACUGCCGGAUCAAGUCCUCCCUCUCCACGCCGUGCGGGUCGUGGCGUUUGCUUGACCAUACUUCCCCACGCCGGUCAAUGGUGUUGGGGGUGGUUGGUGAGCCAAGGGGAGGCGCAGGACUUGGUUCAGAUCUCAGUCGCCACCGGCGUGAGCCUGUGGCCUGGGAAUCGAACUUAGGCAGUCGGUCCGGGUUUGAUAGUGCAGUGGCGCUAACCGCUGUGCUACGGCUCCCCACAUUAUGUGAUAUUGUAUAUAACAUGAUUGCGUGAGCGGUUAGGUAGUAAUUUAACUUUUUUUUUUUACAAUGUAGCAUUUCGCGUACAAAAUAAAGAAUGCUACUCUUUAACUUACAUAUUGAUUUGACGCUUUCGUGACCGCAGAGAUCCAUAUUCUUUGGUUCUUUCGGUAAAGUCACGUAGAUAGAAAAUAAAAAUAAAAUCUGUCUAUAUAAGGCCUCGUGCCACAGCAGUCUGUUUCUUCCACCUGAAGACGAUCCACUUGUGGUUGCGAUCGAAACGUCGUGAUCUAUUAUCUCUAACUUAUUUCUGAAUAUAAUUUAUGUAGGUAGGUGUGUAUUUAUUAUUACAGAAUAUUAUUUAUCGUAUUUAACGCGGCGAGUUGGUGUCUCUCUGUAAGAGGUGAAGACAUCGUAUUCGGUGAAGUGUGAUUAGUGAAAUGUAACUGUCAUGAUGAUGAUGGUGGUGGUGAUGACGGUGUCCGUGCUUUCAUUUCAAAUAAAUACUACCCCUAAGAUGAA